AUGUCCAAGCAAUUCGAACAUCUUGCCAAUGAGAUAUUAAUCACUAUUUUCGAUUAUGUUAGCGUUCAAGAUUUAUAUAGAAGUUUCUGGGGAUUGAAUCAACGAUUGAAUGAUCUUCUUCAAUCGCUGAAUAAGUUAUCCGUGAAAAUCGAAAACAAUGAUUUAUCGUUGAUCGAAACACUUGCCGAUCGAAUUAUUCGAUUAGAAGUUGACAUCCCUGAUGGUGUUAACUGGAGUCUAUUUCCAAAUCUACGAUCAUUAACACUAAAGCGAAUAACUUUUCCGCAAUCAAAUGAACUUGCAUUAGCCCACUUACCUCAUUUAACCUAUUUUUCACUUCUAUCAUAUAGACUAUCAACAUUUCGUCAUCACAACUCUUGUUCAUCGAAUUCCUGUCACGAGAAGGCCGAAUGCCACCCACUACGCAAUGAUCCAUCGAAAUAUUUAUACCUCUGUCCUAAUAAUUCCACUGGAGUGAACUGUUCUAUCGAAGAUUUGCACUGCACCAAUGAUUACUGUGCACCAACAGCACUUUGA